UUUGCGCCCUCGUCUUCCUCCUCACCCUUGCUAGCUAGACGUGCUAGCUAGACGUGCGCGCAAAUUGAGCGCAAGCGUCGAGAUCAUGACUGCCACGAUGACUGCCACGACCUCCUCCUCCUCAGCGGCGGCGGCGGUGGGAGCGACAGACUAUUCGGUGGGCACCUCGAUCCCGCCUGCGACUGCACACGCCGUGAGCGUGAGCCUUCCCCGGUGGCAGGACAAUGUCGACUACGAGGAGGGCCGGCUGACCGACGUCAUGGAGACGGGCUACCCAAGGUUCUUUAUCCACAAGAAUGUCCAGCGACUCGCGAGCAUGUGCCUGCGCAAAUUCGGACAGGCCAGUGUGGCGUGGUACCCGCCGGGCCAGAAGGACGAGGGCAGCGGCGGCGGCGGCAUCGUCAAGGUCAGGGCCGAGGCCGAGAGCUGCCUGCUUGUGCCUUCCGUCAAUGUCGCCAAUCGGUGUCGCGCCUUUAUGCAGCGCCAGCAUGCGCUUCAGCACAAGCAAGCAGGGACGACUGCGCCCGCACCGCUAAGCGUCCGCAUCGUCCACUUUGACCUCGUCGCUCGGGAAGAGAGUCCCGCCGAGGUGUUGUCCAUCUACAUUGUCCUCUUUCCCGCGCCGGCGUUCCCUCUCGCCAAGUCUUUCUGGCAGCACACGGGCGAUGGAAUCAGCAGCAGGAGGGCCGAGACAGCACUAAAGCUGCUUGAGCAGACAGGCAAGCUCGAGGCAACGGCGGCAGAAGCCGAGAAGCCGCCACCGCCGCGGGCGCCACAGCCAGAUGAGCGAAGCUACUCUCGCAACCGCCACUAUGCACGCGCCAAGACGACGAUGAUGAUGCCUUCUUCAUCGUCUUCGUCGUCUUCGUCAUUGUCAAAUGGCCUUCCUGCAGGCUCCUCGACUCCCGUCGCUCUGAGCACAUCGUCGUCGAGCGCCUCCCUCCUCCGCAAUGCAGGAGACUCCUCAUCGUCGCCUUCCAUCACCUCUCCCUCGAUGAACCAUUCGGAGCAUGGCGAAGAAGCUGUCGACAAGCUCUGCUCGGACCAUGCCACGUACGUCGAAGAGCGAUACGGCCGGAACAUGCCGCGCGCGCAAGCACCAAAGGCCAAGCUGGCUCUGCGCAGGCGGAUUGCAGGUGUGGCGUCGGGCGAGGGUGCCCAACGCCACGAGCGAUCGGCCGCCCCCAGACUGAGCGAAGACGAUGUGUUUCUCUUUCCCAGCGGCAUGUCUUCCAUCUUCCAUGCACACCAGGCGGCCAUGAGGUGGCAGAGGAGAAGGAGACAGCCUCCAACUACGGGACAUGACGACGGCAACGACGACGACGAUGACGACGACGUUGGCCAGGCCGUCUGUUUUGGUUUUCCCUACACGGACACGCUCAAGAUUCUGCAAAAGUGGGGCCCCGGCUGCUGGUUCUAUGGAAAUGGCACCGACUCCGAUUUGGACCAAUUCGAGGCGAGGUUGGCCUCUUCUCCUCCUGGGUCCGUCCUCGCCCUCUUUUGCGAGUUCCCCUCGAACCCGCUGCUCAGGACGCCAGACCUAGCCCGGAUCAGGACGCUAGCAGACACCCACGGCUUUCUGAUCGUCGUCGACGAGACGAUUGGCAAUUUUGUCAACGUCGAGGUGCUUCACUUUGCAGACAUUGUCGUCAGCAGCAUGACAAAGAUCUUUUCGGGCGAGACAAACUGCAUGGGCGGCUCCAUGGUUCUCAAUCCGCGCGGAAGCCACUACGCCGACCUGCAUGCCGUGCUCAAGGACGAGUACGAGGACAACUACUUUGGAGACGAUGCCGUUUUCAUGGAGCGCAACAGCCGCAGCUUCGUCGACCGAGUCGCCAAGAUUGACAUCAAUGCAGAGGCCCUCGUUGACCUGCUCUGGAAGGAGAAGGAGCGGGGCUCGAGCGUCGUCAAGGGUGUCUUUUAUCCCAAAUAUGUCACUCGGCAACACUACGAUGCCUGUCGAAGACCCAACGGUGGCUUUGGCGGCUUGUUCUCCCUCACUUUCCAGAGCACCGCUGCCGCCACUGCGUUUUACGAUGCGCUCAAGUGCGCAAAGGGGCCGUCGCUGGGCACAAACUUUACCCUGGCGAGCCCCUACUGCAUCCUGGCCCACUACGGCGAGCUCGACUGGGCAGCCCGGUUUGGCGUGGAGAGCAACCUGGUCAGGAUCAGCGUCGGCCUCGAGGAGACGGGCGCGCUGCUGACCAUGUUCAGCACGGCCCUCGAAAAGGCCAGAGUGGCCACUUCCUAAGUCACAGUCAAUGUUGAUCAUCUGCCUCU